AUGACGUUCAUCAAACGAACCAUCCUUCUGUGGGCGGUGGCCAAGCAUGGAGCCAAUGUCCAUGAAAUUGAUUCUUCCAAAGUUGAUAUGACACUGUCCAGCAAAGAUAAAAUACUUCUGACAAAGGGCUAUAAGUACGUGACAAUGCUGGCAUACGAUGAAGGCUUGACUUUCUAUGGCGAUAACUGGGUGCUGAUGUGUAGUGGUGGGAAUUUGGUUGACCACAAGUCUACUGAUGUCAACACAGCUGACCACAAGUCUACUGAUGUCAACACAGCUGACCACAAGUCUACUGAUCUCAACACAGCUGACCACAAGUCUACUGAUCUCAACACAGCUGACCACAAGUCUACUGAUCUCAACACAGCUGACCACAAGUCUACUGAUCUCAACACAGCUGACCACAUGUCUACUGAUGUCAACACAGCUGACCACAAGUCUACUGAUCUCAACACAGCUGACCGCAAGUCUACUGAUCUCAACACAGCUGACCACAAGUCUACUGAUCUCAACACUGCUGACCACAAGUCUAUUGAUCUCAACACAGCUGACCGCAAGUCUACUGAUCUCAACACAGCUGACCACAAGUCUACUGAUCUCAACACUGCUGACCACAAGUCUAUUGAUCUCAACACAGCUGACCACAAGUCUACUGAUCUCAACACAGCUGACCACAAGUCUACUGAUCUCAACACAGCUGACCACAAGUCUACUGAUCUCAACACAGCUGACCACAAGUCUACUGAUCUCAACACAGCUGACCACAAGUCUACUGAUCUGAACACAGCUGACCGCAAGUCUACUGAUCUCAACACAGCUGACCACAAGUCUACUGAUCUCAACACAGCUGACCGCAAGUCUACUGAUCUCAACACAGCUGACCACAAGUCUACUGAUCUCAACACAGCUGACCACAAGUCUACUAAUCUCAACACAGCUGACCGCAAGUCUACUGAUCUCAACACAGCUGACCGCAAGUCUACUGAUCUCAACACAGCUGACCACAAGUCUACUGAUCUCAACACAGCUAACCAAAAAGCUGACCACAAGUCUAGUGAUCUCAACACAGCUGACCAAAAAGCUGACCACAAGUCUACUGAUGUCAACACAGCUGACCACAAGUCUACUGAUCUCAACACAGCUGACCACAAGUCUACUGAUCUCAACACAGCUGACCACAAGUCUACUGAUCUCAACACAGCUGACCACAAGUCUACUGAUCUCAACACAGCUGACCGCAAGUCUACUGAUCUCAACACAGCUGACCACAAGUCUACUGAUCUCAACACAGCUGACCACAAGUCUACUGAUCUCAACACAGCUGAACACAAGUCUACUGAUCUCAACACUGCUGACCACAAGUCUACUGAUGUCAACACAGCUGACCACAAGUCUACUGAUGUCAACACUGCUGACCACAGUGAUUUAAAUUCUACUAACUUACACUUGCCAUGCAACUUUCCUGACCAAACAUGA